AAAAGAUGGAAAAGUUUAAAGAAAAAUUAAAUAUACUUCGUGAACAAGCUGAAAGUGCUACUGCUGCUGGUGAUGAAUAUGCAAGCUUGAUAAAACAAUUAGAAGCUGAAGAUAUUCAAAAGAGUCAUGAAAUUAACUCUUUACAAUCCAAGAUCAAGUCUUUGGAAGAUCAGCUCGAAAAGACUGAAAAUAAACUGCAAGUCAUAAGCUUAAAGUCUCAAGAAGCUGAUAUAAAGGCAGAAUCCCUUGAAAAAACUGUCGGAGAGCUUGAAAAUCAAUUAGAAAAUGCUGAAUCAAGAUAUGAUGAAUUACAAGUGUUGAACAAAGCGAUCAUGGAAGAGAUGGCAGAGUAUGAGCGCCAAUUAGAAGUCGCUUAAAUGGAUAUUUAAUAUAAGCAAAAUAAAGCAUCAAUUUUUGACAGUUUUUUUAAUACACUAAAUGGGUUGUUUCAGGAACAAAAUUUAGAAAGAGCAUAAAAAGAG